AUGUCAGGAGGCGAUCAAAAUGAGUCCGCUCGUCCAUCAGCGUUUCUACCGUCUCAGACUGCGAGGGAAAGGCGUGCAAAGAGACGACGUCCGAAUACGCCACCCGACACGCAAAGUGGUAGAUCAGUCAUCGACUGGUCUCCGAGCCCUCCCUUACUUUCGAGGCGGGCAACAAUAGAAUUAUUCUUGAAUCCCGUUGCGUCGCGCCGGAAUCUUGAUGUUGCUCGAGGCCCGGCGGCUGCUAGUACCCUGGGGUUGCUAUCUCGACCAGAGCUCAUCCGCGCCAAAGUUACUGAAGCAAUAGAGUCUUUUUCGCCCGAACAAGACCAAGGCGAGUACACAGCUCGGCACCCGCUCGUUUGUCGCGUGCGCAGUCUUAUCCGUGCCCGGACAGUAGGAUGUGCGCUUUGUGCUUUUUAUGAACGGGGUCCGAUUGUCGAUACACAUAAGCUCAAGCACUGUUCACAUCAUGACGAGGCCAGCGAAGUACACCCUUGGCUAGAGAUGUUUCGACGUUACAAGGCGCAGGGCGGUGGAAUGGGAGCUCGAUGCUCUGAUUGUCGAUUCCCGAGCGUGCUAUGCUGGCGAAUAGUAUACCGCGAGGAAAUGGAUUUAAAAUAUGGGAGCGAAAAAGAAGCACGCGAAAAAGGUACAUGGUACCAGGAACCCCAAUGCACCUGGGUCAAAGUGAUGCAGCGGUUCGUAGCAUCAUGUAUGGUGGUUCAUGGGCGCGAGUAUGGCGGCGGUGUGAGCCGACUAGGCAGUACAGUCUUGGACAUGAUGGGUUGGAAAGACUGGAGAGGUUUGGAAGGAGAUGGACCAGAGCACAUUCAAAAAUGGCUGGAGGAGAUGGACGAGAUGAGAGGGUUGCGAUGUCCAAGGCUGCUUAUACUAUUUUGGCUACUGGCUGAGUCCAUAUAG